AUGGUGAAGGAGGAUGAGAGGCUUGUGAACCAACAGGUAAAGGAGCUGCGUUUGAAGGUUGCACGCGUAUUCAUGAGAUACCUCAGUGUACUCAAUGCUUUGCUCUCGGGUGUGAUCCUACUGCGUGCACGUCAGCCGGAAAGCGAUCGCACGAUCCCAAGCGUUACUUCUUGGACCAUUGCGGCUAUGUUCUUAAUCGCCGCACUGAUCGAUGCAUUUCCGGCCGUCCUUCAUGUUGGAAACCUCAAUCUGAUCUAUGUCAUGGUCUUGCUCUACAGCACGCUUUUUGUGUCGCCUUGGCACGUGGCGCCUGAAGGUGUGGCACAGAAUUCCAUGUUUCUGCUUUCCUUUGUUCGCAUACCCGCCAUUGGCAUUGCGACUAGAUCUGGACUGGUUGUGGCGUGCAACUUGUUGCCAGCUGGUCUGGUCAUGCUACGGGCUGCUGUAGAAGAAUGGCCGACUGCGAUGCUAUUUCGAAUUGCAUUUGGAGAGUUGGCCGGACUGUUUGUGGUUGUUUGUGCCGCUGCCUUGUUGCAGUUGGUGCUCAACUACCGCAUCGAGCGAAGCCUCCAGUACAAGAAGAUGGCAUCAGACUUCAACGCUGCGUCAUCGUUGCUCCACCUCAUAUGCGACGCAGUGGUUGAGCUAGAUAAAGAUCUUCGAAUGGUUGAGCACACGCCCGGCCUGGCGGCAAUGCUUUUUCGAGGCUCUGAUUUCGAGGGUGCGCACUUCACCGACCUCCUGGCCGGCGCGGCAGAGGCCGCAAGGGCCACAGAGCUGCUACGGCGCUUCGACGAAAGCACGGCGGACAGCGUCAAUGCCCAGGCCUUCCAGACGCAUCUAAAGGACAGCGACUCCAACAGGUUUCAGACAGAAGUCUUCCAGGUGAUGUAUCACACGCCGCGCGGCGAAGCACGGCACCUCCUGGGCCUGCGCGACGUCACUGACCAAGGCUCCUUAACGGCCAGCAAGGCCUUGGAUAGCUUUACCCUUGCUCCACAAUCCUCAGCAGGAGAGCGCUGCGGUUCUGUAGACAUCGACUCAGACCAGAUGUCUGAAGGUGCUGGCGCAACAGAGCACUUGCAGACAAGCUUCGUGGCAAAGGACAAGUUCCUGUCCCUCCAGGUUGACAUGGAGCUCCAGGUCAUCCAUGCAUCUUCCAAGCCGUCAUGUGUUGGCAAGAGGCUUGUGGAGCAACUUUCCAGCUCUGGGCUCGCGCUCUUGGAACGCACUUGGGUCGACGCAAGGGAAGAAGAUGUGGCCCUGUCCUUCUCUGCGCUGGAGCUUCGAGUCGGCUCCGCAAGCGACCGCGACCGUGCUGUGUUCAAUGGCGUCCUCCAGGUGGUUCAAACAAGCUCCGGCGACCGGCAUUUGCUCUUGAGUUGCGUGAUGCUCCCAAGCCCGCGCAUGCCAAGUGCUCCCCGACUGAGCCUACUCGGCUCCGACUUUGUGAUGACUGAGGAGGCGAAGGAGAGGGACUACGAGGAGCUGCUCCUCCUGUCCCACGAUGCCUACCACGCCAAGGAGAUGGCCCAGGCGGAGCUGCACCGCUUCGAGCAGGGGGUCAUGGAGGAGCGGAAUCAGCGCGACAAGGAAGUGCAGGAGAAGAAGGCGCUGGUGGAGCAGCGGGUGGAGAUGAACAAGCGCCUGGAGAUGCGCGAGCGGAUGCAAAGGCAGCAGCAGCAGGAGAUUGAAAGCAACCAGAAGAGGGAGGCCCGAGACCUCCCCGCAGUGGAUCAGGGAGGCUCCCCAGGAGACGUCGCAGAGGAGGAGCAGAAGAUCCAGCUCUUCAUCCAUGCUUUCAAUCAGAUCAAGGAGGCCACGGGCGUGAACGAUCCGAACGAGAUCAUCCAGAAGUUCCUGACACAGGAUGAUACGCAGAAGAACCUCACCCAACUGACGAAGGACAACCACAGCAUGAUCGAGAAGCUUCAGGAGGAAAGGCGCGACCUCCGCUCCAAGGUCGAGGACCUCAAAUUCUCCAACGGCGGCGGCGGGGCACGCCGGCAGGCCAUCGACGACUUCGAGACGCAUCUGGGGGAAGCGACGGAGAAGUGCGAGCGCAACCGUGGCAAGUAUGAACGCCUGGCUCGGAUGCUCAUCGAUGUGAAGGCCGGCAUCAGUCAUCUGGCCGAGAAGCUGCAGCCGAUCAAGCUAGAUGGAGAGGCGACCCAGCCGAUGGAGAUGAGCGACGAGACUGUGGAGGAGGUCCUCCAGGAGUGUGAGAAGAAGAUCUCCAAGCUCUUGGGUAUGACUGCCCGCGUCGAGGAGGUUAGCGAGCACCAGCGUCAAAUCGACGAGGAGCGAUACGAGGAGAAGCUGAUGAUGAGGAGCCAAUCCGAGGCGAGGAUCAAGCUGACGGACAAGGAGGAGGACAACGAGGACGACGAUGAUUUCGAGGAGGAGAUGGAUGAAGACGUCUUCAGCCGCAAGCAGGCGCUGGCUCUGUACGAUGAAAGGCACUUGAGCGCUGUGCACUCGCGGCCUGCGCAGCUGGUCGAUGUAGGAGCUGCGGGCCCAUUUCACCCCAAAAGAGCUGUUGCCGAUGACAGGCUUGCACAGGACCACCCGGACAAGUCCCAGUUUCGGCAGAAUUCAGUUCCCUUGCUGGCGGUCUGCUUUGCAGCUGAGUUUGCAGUGGAGUGGCCCUCGCUCACGAAAGUGACUGGGGGCCCAGCCUACAGCAAGAAAAGCGCAAGUCGUGGAGUUUUCCUAGACGACUGCGGAGCCGCUGUAGUGCCCACGUGCGGACUGGUCAACCUGAAUGGGAAAUGCACGUCUCGAGGCAUUUCCAUGACGACCCUGGAGGAGGUCUUCAUGGCCUUGGGCGAGCAGGCAGAAAGGCAAGCAGUGGGGGCUUCGCCCGCCCGCGAUCGCGCAGGAGCGAGAGAGAACGUGGACUUCCGCGCGAUCGCGGAGGACACGGAGGCAGGGUCUCUUCGACUGGAGACAUCGGAGAGGCGAUCGGCCCUGGCCAUCAUGCGCGUGAGGCUCCGGCUUGCGACUGCCAACCGCAGCGCGAUCUACAGCGUGCUGAUUCUACCUGCCGUCUUCAACGUCUUGGCGUUUGCGCUACGAGGCGACUCCAGCUCCCCGACCAGCCAGUCCAACAACAUGCUGAUGGCGAUCUAUCCGCCCAUGGCUUUCGGCAUCUCCAUUAUCGCGUUCACCUUGCAGCUUGUGCGUGAGAAGGAGCACAAAUGCAAGUACGUCGCGCUCGCGCAGGGCCUCUCCGUAAGGAGCUUCUGGCUGGGCACUUUCGCGGCCCACUACUUGAUCAAUGUGACGAACGCGGUGAUCCUCCUCAUUGCCAUCCAGUGGAAGGGCGUCGGCCCCAUCAAAGGCAGCGGCUUCCCCCUCAUCGUUGCGGAGGCGCUGCUCUACCCAAUCGGGCUGCUCCUCCUCGCCUACAACCUCUCCCUGCUCUUUGUCAGGGUCGAGCUGGCCGUCAAGGUGCUUCCUUUAACCAACAUGCUUCUGGGCACGAUUCCUACGACGGCGGUUUACCUCCUCAUCCGGCUGCAAGACCCCUGGCCGGACGUGGCCAAAAACCUCCACAUCGUCAUGUCAGUGAUCAAUCCAGUCUACGGCCUGCCCGGGGUGGUAAUUAUGAUGGCCGACGAAGGAGAGAUGUCGCUCGUGGACCACUUCAUGUCCACUGCGGCCAUCCCAUUCUACGGUUCGCUGGCGGUCAUUGCCUUCUUUGCCAGCAACCUGGUGUUCCAGGACUUGCGCAGCUACACGGCACGCCCGGGGCGGAUCCAGGCCUUCGACGAGCGUCGCAAGGAUGACGACGUCCUGGCCGAAGAGCGGCGGGUGGAAGGCUCCGGUCCCGAGGAUGCGGCCAAGUAUCAAGGCCUCCACCACACCUACAGGACGUGUGCGGCCUGGGGAUAUGCCACGCUGUACCUGACUCCUUCAUGCCUUCUUUCCCGGCACCGCCACAUGGGGCCCUCGAAACUGAGAGCCCUGGCCACCGCGGCAGCCGUCUGCGCCGAGGAGCUCAACGACCCCGUCGUUACCCAUGCUGCCGAGCGCAAGAUGUCUGGGAUCGACUGCUCGACGGCGGAGGCUGCGGUGGCGCUGGGCCAUCGAGAAGGCAACGCAGCCAUGCAGCUCUGUCGAGAGUGCCAAACUGCCGUCUCAUACUAUGCUCUCAACCGAAGCGCUGCAAGCAACGUGUCGGUGGAUGUCUCCUCCACAAGGGUGGAGUGCGAGCUUCCCCCAUGGAAUCCCAACCACUGCUCCAGAUCUGUGAAGGGUUUCGGGAUCGGUGUGCUGAUCGCGACUGGCAUCUCCCUUCUCGUAGUGGCGAGCGUGGGCGGCAUAGCCUUCGACUGGCGCUUGCUGCCUGUCAUCGUUGCCCGGCAACGCCGGAAGCUGCUUGGUGUCCCGACACCCCAGAGGGAGUAUCCUGAUCUUGACUUCUUCGGAUGCAUCCUGUAA